CAUGUUUAUUGUGGAGGGAUGGGCGGAAGUGGCGUAAUACGCGGAAGCGAAGUGACAGACAGAUGAGUGUACAUGCCAUGUGGGCAGCAUGGAGGGACCACCUGGAAUGCAGGCAAUCUUUCUGUUUGAUCUGAAUCCAACAAGCCCCUUUCUGUCAGACCUUUCACUGAAUAAUAACCAUAACGCUAAGGAGGACUUUACAGAAGAGAAAGUGAAACACCCAGGAACUGAUGAUGGCAAUGCCAAGGUGCCGAUCAUACUGGAGAUCUCUGAUCGAAUGAGCUGCUCUGCUUGUCAGUGUGUUUUUGACAGCAGAGAGGAACAGAAAGAACACUACACUCUGGACUGGCAUCAGUUUAACUUGAAACGUAAAAUUAAAGGAGCAGGAAUACUAAGUGAGGAUGACUUCCAGGACCGGACUCGGGCAGGGGAUGUUUCCAGCAUCUCUGGAUCUGACUCUGAGAGCUCUGAUGGGGACUCGGGGACCUCUUAUGAACCCGGAAUCGAUUCAGCCGCUCUGCUCGGUCAACCCAGCCGCUCACAGAAAGUCAUGUUUAAGAACAGUGAAGGCCAGCUGCUUGUUGUCUACCGCUGUGUGUUGGGGGCGGCAAAGGAUGGAGUCCUGAAUCCAGAGAUGUUGCUGAAUUGUGUAAGCAUGAUGCAGGAGCAUGCAGUGAUGGUGAUUCUCAUGGCUGGUGGUGGACAUUUUGCUGGAGCGGUGUAUAAGGGAAAGGAGGUGCUAAAGCACAAAACUUUCCAUCGGUACACCGUACGAGCCAAGAGAGGGACUUCUCAAGCAGUGCAUGAUGCCCAGAACCGCAGUCACAUGGCCAAGUCUGCUGGAGCUGCUCUCAGAAGAUAUAACCAAGCUGCUCUGAGGACGGACAUAAAUCAGCUGUUACAGAGCUGGAUGGAGGACUUGGCAGAGGCUCGAGGAAUCUUCCUACGAUCACCCCGUUCUGAUAAGGCCCUCUUCUUGGGUCGUAAUUCUCCCAUUCCACAGAAGGACCCUCGAGUCCACAGAAUUCCCUUCAGCACUAGGAGAGCCACCUUCCGAGAAGUCCAGCGUGUGCACACGCAGCUUUUCACUCUGGAUGUUUAUGAAAGUGGUAUACCAGUGCCGGGGAUCUCAGGAACACGAGAGAAAGCAGUAAAGUCUAGAAAACUUCUACGGCCAGAGACUAAAGAAGAGACAGCUGAUGCACCAGAACUGUCAGAAGAGGAGGUUCCUGUGGUUGAGGAAUAUGUGGAAGAAGAGGUGACUCUGAGCACAUUGCACCUUAGAGAAUAUGAAUUGCAACCUAAAAGGAAAAGGAAAAAGAAGCCGAAAAAAGUUGCAUCUGAGUCUGUACAUGACCAGGAUAUAAUUGGACAUAAUUCCACAUCUCCGUGGCUUGUAGAGUCCAGUGACCAUCACAAUCAUGCAGAUGGCCAGCCAGCCAGUCAGGAAACUGUUGAUCUUGAACACCACACCACAUUGGCACUGGAAGGUGAUGAACUGUGCAGGAUGCGCAAUGCCUUAUUCACAUGCUGCAAGACAGGCGAUUCUGAGACUGCUAAACGGAUCCUGCAGGACCUUCUCCCCUGUCCCACUCCACAGACACCCCUGUUGAGCCCUCCAGCCAUGGAGGUGUUGAGCAGACUGGUGAAUGAACACCUGCCGUUACAGCAACGCACACUACUACACGUGGCCGCCUCAGCAGGACAUGGAGAGAUGGCAUGUCUGCUGAUGGAUGCUGGUUGGGAUCCUGCUGUCAGGGACUCUACUGCACAGACCCCUUAUUCUAUGUCUGCUGACAAACGCACCAGGAACAACUUUCGCAAGUACCGAGAAGAUAAUCCUGACAAAUAUAACUACAGUAAAUCCCAGAUCCCAGGACCGGUAUCGGGGGAAGUGGAGGAGCGCAGGGCCGAAAAGAAGCGGGCUCAGAAAGCACAGAGGAAGCAGAAGGAGAAGGAAGAGAAAGAAGAACGGCUGAGAAAGGAGGCAGAGGAGGAUAUGAAGAGGAGAUUUGCAGCACUGAGUGAUCGUGAGAAGAGAGCUCUGGCUGCAGAGCGUAGACUGGCUGCUCAGCUCACCCCCAAAGAGACAGCAGGAUAUAAUGUCAGACGCUGCUGGUUAUGCGGGGAGUCUCUCUCAGGCAAAGUGCCAUUUGAAUACCUUGAUUUUUCUUUUUGCUCUACUCGCUGCCUGCAAGCACAUCGACGGAGCCAGGGUAGCAAAUCCCAGAAGUAAGAACAUGUAGUCUGACGAGAUAUGGAUUUGCACGACCUGUGAAAUUCAAUACAGCAGUCGGUCAAUGACUGAAAAGUUACCGCAUAUCUGAAUAGUGGCCAUAAGAAUUAUAGGAACGUAUAUCAGAGAUCCAGUAAUAAUCUUGUUCAUGAAGGAUUACGAGCUCUGUCGGGGUUAAUUGCUAAAUAUGUUAAGACUGCUGCUAUUACUCCUACAAAAAUAACUUUUCUUAGUUGAGACCAACCAUAAACUCUACAGUGUUUUAUGGAAAAACGUCAUCACUAGUUGACAUGGUAUAGUUGUGAAUGUGCAAUCAGCAGGUGCGAGGAAGAUUGGCUAUAUAUGUUUAGCUUGGCCCCUGUGCAACCAGAUAUCAUACCACCGGGUACACAUAAUGCAAUAUAUUGUUACAAUGCAGAUCGGAACAAUAUACAGUAUAUUGUACACGUUGCAUAGUGUGCAUGGCCGUUUGCGUGUGCUCCUGCAGGUCGUUCUCUGAGACAUCCCUUCUGGCGUGCUACACGCCCAAUGGAACGAUGCCAUGCAGCUACAUGUGGGAAGAAACGAUAGAUCGCUCAGUCGCCCACCGCAUUGUGUGGUGGUGUGCUAUAUUGUACCAUCGGUUGUGCUGUCAGCUGGGGUACAUAUUGAUCUGAUGUGGACCUGGCCUUAUGUUUGGGGGGAUGGGAAGAAAGGCACACGCAGGGUUUAAUUGCCUACAAACCUCAUUCAGCAAUAGUGUUAAAUACUAGACUAUAAGGUGUGGGGGUUAAAUCUGUACAUGUAUAAGGAAUAUGUAUUGUAGGUGUCUGGCCAGUAGUGAUAAGAAAACUAUUUGGAGGUAAAAAAAUAACCUGAUUUCUAAUUCUGAAUCUAGGUGUCAGGCUAUGUGUUUCAGCGUUAUCAUUAUGAUGAAAUACAAGAUUCCCAUUUCCCUUCAGCUUUUGGGCUCCUGCCACAUUGUGGGUCAUUCAAGUGGGGAAAAAAAAUAGUGUGGUUUAUUAUGUAUACAAGCGCUAACAUAAACCAAUUUCAGUAAUGGUAAAUAGUAUGCACAUCGAUGUUGGGUAUGGGAUGUCGGCGGUCAUGACAUAGAUACUGGCCGAUAAAUGCAUUAACCUUCCCUGUAGUGGUACUUAUUGGGACCGCUGUGGAUAUGUUUGGGAUUCCAGUGCCGGGAUUCUGACUGCCAGGAUAUCCUGUUGGAAUGUGCCUAUUAUCCCCUUGCUCCAGUUUUCUCAAUGGAUGAUUUAUACGUGUGGAAGCAAAUGGGAUAAUUACUGGGAUCAGUAGGACUUGCCACUGAUUGGGAGGCCAGCCGCCACUAUACCGACAACGGCAUCCCAAUCGUCAGUAUACUGGCAGCAGGCCGAGCGCAAAGAGUUCCCUUGCGGGAUUGUUGCGAUUGUCUCUGGUUCUAUUCCCACUCUAUGGGGUCGUGGACACUCAUUAGCCUGUAUUCCGGCUGUAGGCAUUGUCAGUGGUCGGGAUGCCGGCAUCGGUAUUUUGAGUGCCGGGAUCCCCACUGCUGGCAACUUAACUGCAUACCUAAUUACUGACCAAGCAACAUAGAUCAACUCACCUGUGCAUGAGUAAAGAAAUCCAGAAAACAUGACCUGAUGGUGGUACUUGAGGAAAGAAUCCCUGCUUUAGUUUGCUGAAAUAAGUACAAAUAACACUAUAGCAUCCUGCCUACGAUCACUGUUCAACCCACACCACACACUUUGGAUGAGAGCCUAUGAGUAUGUAUCUACUAUUUACAGGUUUCUUUCCAAUUACAAGCGAGAGGUAGAUUUAUAAUAAGACUAUUGUAGUAUAAUACGGAGGUCCUACCUGUGCUGACUCUUCUUUCUCUGGCGAAAUUAGCAGAGGUCACCCAACACUUAAUGGUGCUAUACACCCCAACCUGACACUUAAUAACAUGGCUAAUGCUUUAUUGAAAUCAUCAUUGUUUAAAAAAAACACACAACUUCCAUGGGGCUGGAUGACCAUCUACUACUCAAUACUACAGAAUGAAAGACAGAGCUAGAGUCCUUUUGUAGACUGAAGCUGCGUACACACCUGGCCAGUGGUUCCCAAAAGCAGCCCCCAAGGCACACGAAACAGUCCAGGUUUUAUGGUUAGGCAUAGGUGACUUAAUUAGUACCUAAUUCAGUCACUCUGUUCAGUUCUACAGAAGGCUAUAAAUACAUUAGACUGUACUAAGAAGGGCAACUAAAAUAGUGCACGGUCUACAUUACAAAACGUACCUAGAAAGAGCAGAGAUGGUAAAGGGGGAACAUUAUAGAAACUUUCAGAUAUAUCCAGGUACAGGGAGACCUUCUUCAAAGGGAGAGAAGUAUUAGAACACGAGGAUAUACACUGAAACUGAAGGGACGUAAAUGCAGGGGAAAUGUGAGGAGAAAUGACGUCACAGAAAUGGUAGUGGAUAAGUGAAAUAUCCUUCACUACAUCUGAUAGAAGGCUAUGGCAGCACAGCAAUUUAAAAGGGUUGGGUAUGUGUGACUGUUGGUCACCAUACCGGCUUCGUGAUGGCCGGCGGGGGGCGAGCACAAUGAAGCCCCUCGCGGGCUCACGGUGUGCACUCGGCACAGGUUCUAUUCCCACUCUAUGGGUGGCGUAGACACCCACGAAUGGGAAUAGUCCCUGUUAGUCGGCAUGCCAAAUAUCAGGAUUGUUAGGGGGCGGAAUCCCGGCGUCGGUAUUGUCACCGGCGGUCACACAACUACAUCCCAUUUAAACACUGCAUAAGACUAUCCUUACAAAGACCUAAGGAACAAAUAGGCUGGAAGUUGCCAAAAAGAUAAAUAAAAAAGGGCAGACUAAAUGGGCCAAGAGGUUCUUAUUUGCCUUCAAAUUCUAUGUUUAAGUCAGAUUGAUUAUACUAUCUGUGCACAAGCAAGGAUAUCCCUAAACCUGUACUAUUGGGGUGUCUUGAGGACAGUGUUUGGGAACCACUGCACUAGGCAAUAGAACGGCCGAUGGGUAUGUACACUAGAGGGUAAAAUUACUAAGAUGGGAGUUGUAUUUAAGAUGGGAUGUUGUCUAUAGCAACCAAUCAGAUUACAGGUAUUAUCUUCUAGAAGGUGCUUGAUAAAUAAGAAGUAGAUUCUGAUUGAUUGGUUGCUAUGGGCAACAUCACAUCUUAAAUAGAACGCCUGUCUUAAUAAAUUUACCCCCAGAUAUGUUGCUUCAGCUGUGCAGCACAGCCGAUGGCCAAUAUAUGUGCAGCUAUAUCGGUGCAUCUGGCUGUGUGUACGGGCGACCCACUGACUGCCUGUACACUUGCUGCAGGGACUGAUGUAAAAGCUGGGCGGGCAAAUUCAAAUGCCUGCCCAGCUGUGACAUUAGGUUGACAGAUGAAGCAGUUGAUCAGUAAGUGUAUAUACUUACCUGAAUCAUCUGUUCUGUUGGCGUAGCAACUGCUCCACCAACAUGUUUGCACAGUGCUUACGCAGCCUUAAGACACAAGGCAGUUUCCCCCCCAGGAGCAAUGUCGCCUAUUGUUUCAACUCCUGGACUUGCGUGCCAACAGUGUGCAUACACACUGUGUGAUGUUUCCUACAGUUUCCCCUUCUGCUGCUGGCCUGAAGAUGCAGCUUCUGACAAUAUCGUCAGGUUGAGUUGUAUGUACAGACGACAAAGGUGGUCGUUAACGACACUCAGGCAUGUGCAUCGGCCGUCACCAGCAGCAUACACACAGACCGAUAUUGUUAAUGAUAUCGCUCAGGGGGGUAAAAAUGAGCAAUAUUGUUUACAAAAUUGCCUAGUGUGUACAAGCCUUUACAGCAGGGAUGGGCAAUUAUUUCAGCUGAGGGGCCACUUGACAUUUCCUGUCAGUAUCCGAGGGCCACAUACAAAAUAGCAGCUCCCCCCACUUGCCAAAAAUAUAGGGAAGUGGCUUCAUGUGGAAGGGGUGUGAGCAAAAAAUAAUACAGAUUCAUAUUAGGCUGCACAAUAGUCUCCAUUAUUCAAAUUGCUCCACACAGCGCCACUUACACACAUUACACCAGGUAGAGCCCCUUUUACACACAUUACGGCAGGUAGAGAGCCUUUUUACACAUUAACAUUUUAUUUAGGAUAAUUAUUGUGCAGCAAGCAAAUUAUCCAGUGUCUUAUGGCCCCUGGGGAAAGGUGUGACACGGUGACAGAACACGGGGGGUGUGACACAGCACGGUGGGGGUGACACUGUGACAGAACACAGCGGGGGUGACAACGGUGACUGAACACGUGGGGGUGACAACACGGGGGGUGUGACACGGUG